AUUUUCAUUGAUAUGCGACACGUGUUGCACGAAUUAUCAUACAAUUCGACGACGGGCAUGCCCGUUCUUUCGCUUCCGCGUCGAAGCGCGGCCAUAUUUUAUAUCGCACGCAUACCACGACCGAGCAUUCGUAAUUACGCAACACGCAUGCACGUGUGCACUCGCAGAAUCGAAGCAUUCUUGCAUGUAGCUUAUUAUUUCCGAAAAUUCGAUACCCGUUUCGUCCGCCGUCAGUUUCAAUAGUCGGCGCGAGAGCGCGCGCCGUCGAUAGUCGAUGCGCCGUAAAUGCGAACUUGGACGAAUGGACGCGUCGCCGGCUAGGGACAAUUCGCUCGAAGUCUCGUGCGAUUUGCCGCCCGUGCGUUUGAAACGGGAAUCACCGAGCCGGUAAUUUUGGAUUUCUCGUUGCAACCUUCCGCGAGUUCGCUUCGCGAUUCCGACCCGCAAACAUCGGAAGGAAACGCAUAAUUUCGAGUUUCAUCGUUUCGAGUCAACAUGCGGGUGUUUUUCACGUUCCGGUAGUGUCGAGAUCUACCUUCAUCAGGUUCUUGUUCUUCCGUGAUCUCAAGAAAAGAAAGAAAAAAAAAAAACGUGAAUUGACUUCGAAAAUACUGUCAAAUCAACUUCUCUCCGUUCGCUGGUAAAUAAUGACGAUGCGAUUAUUCCGGACGGAAGAAGAAUCAAAUUACACCUGAUAAUGUUUCGUCUUUGAAUUUCUGCACUUUUUCUAGUAUGACGCGGGGGCAUUUUAUAACUUACCGAAGGAUAAAAAAUAAUACAUUUAAGUCGAUUGAGAAGCUCUCUCGUGCGUGCGGGAGGGGAAAUUUACUUCACGAGUGAGAACGCCGUUUGACGCUUCCUCAUCGGGACGAGCGUAUCAAAUCGCGCUGUUUCGUCCGCGACAUGACGGCGGCGCGGCGCGCGGCCCGCCGCCACUCGGCCGGCUAGAGAAUUUUUCCGCCCGACGGUUGGCAACCUGGGUAUCGAUUGUCAUUAUUUAUAUCGUACGUUUCCUCUUCAGUCAUCGAUUCACUUUUUACAUUUUACAUUUUUACAGUAAUGAGAGAGUUAAGUUUUCCCCACGGGCGUAUGGUACUCUAAGUUAGCCCCCACAUGUGUGAUCAUAGGUGUUGUUGAAGGGAGUCGAGUGUGUGAAGAGAAUGACGGAUAGCCAGCAGCAGUUUUGCUUGCGGUGGAAUAACUUUCAGGCGAACAUCACGAGCCAGUUCGAGGCGCUGCGAGAUGACGAGGACUUCGUCGACGUUACCUUCGCGUGCGACGGCAGGCGGCUCCAGGCGCACAAGGUCGUCCUUUCAGCGUGCAGCCCUUACUUCAAGGAGUUGUUCAAGACAAAUCCUUGCAAACAUCCGAUAAUUUUUAUGCGGGAUGUAGAGUUCGAACAUCUACAAUCGCUGUUGGAAUUUAUGUACGCUGGAGAGGUAAAUAUCUCGCAAGCCGAAUUACCUACAUUUCUGCGUACCGCUGAAUCUCUUCAAAUUCGUGGCCUCACCGACUCUCAAAAUAAUCAGCACAACAACGAAAAGCAUUUGAAAACAAACAACAUCCACGCAUCGAAUGGCCGUGGUCUGAUCUCGCCAAGCUUUGACGACGAACGCAGUAAAACCCCACCACCUUCGAGCCCUCCACCACUGAAAAGGCUGUGCAAAAGAAGUGAUUCACCUCCAAUUUCUAGUCCAGCACCCACUGUGCCGCCUUCUGCUACCAGUACACCUCGUUCACGCCCACUUAUCGAGCCUCAAGUUCAGCUCGAUUGUUACAAAGAUCUCGAUGUUGUUGAGCCAAAAAUAGAAUUACCCGAAUAUGGCAGUGAUGAUGAUUGCUCACCUAAACAGGAAGUUAAUACGUUGCCCAGUGGAUUUCUCAGCCUGGAUGGUGGUAUGGAAGUGUUGCCAUCUUACCCACCAUCUUAUCAAGGAAGCAACGUGGAAGGAGGAAUGCCGGGUCCAUCACACGGGAGUACAGAGUUGAAUCAGGAGCAGCAAGCUGACCUGCGUAAACUGCACUCGCUGGACCCACGCCCCUGUCCUGUGUGCAACCGCAUGUACAGUAACUUGUCCAACCUGCGGCAGCACAUGCGCCUCAUCCACAACCCUCAGAGUGUCACUUGCCCUCUAUGUAACAAGCCAUUCAAGACCAAGCUGUACCUGAAGCGUCACCUGGUCAGUUUCCACGAACUCAGUGUGGCAGACAGGCAACGUCAAGAAGAAAUCUACCAGCAUCAAGUUAAGGUUCAGGUCCAGGGACAGACGCAGGUUCAGGGAGGAGCUCAGGCUCAAACUCAAACACAAGUUCAGGCUCAAACACAAGCUCAGAUUCAAGCUCAGACUCAGGUGGAUAAUAAGGUGCUUUUAGCGGCUCCAGCCCCACCUGCUCGGGUCACCACCGCCGAGGAAGGUGGGGCUAGCGGUGGCGGGAGCACCACGGAACCAAAGCUCAGAUCGUAUCAGGCACAAGCUGGCGAUAAUGCUUAUUCGGUAGAGGUGGCGCAGAUUGGUGAUUCGAAGCAUUUUGCUAGUGGGAUGUUGCAAUUCGAUGCUACGUAUCACUAAUAUUCAGGAUUUAUUUAUUUUUUAAUCUAUCGCCCAGUAUCAUUUUGUGAUAUAGUAACGAAUCAAGUUUAUCUUUUAUUGUUUAGUGAACUUGUGAUUCAAUAGGAAACGUAUCUUCGUAGUUGACCGACGAGUAGGUAGGAAUAACGUUACGACACAAGGCUGAUUCCGUAUUUAAUAAUCAGAUCCUGUGCAACGGAGGAAGAGGGAGGGGGGGGGCACGGAUAUAUAUAAUUUAUAAUUUUAAAUCUCGUUUGAACGUACGCAAUUUCUCUCGUCGCACACCAAGUGUCAGACGAGCGGAGAACAAGAAGUCAAAUCCGAUUUACGGUCACGCACUUCAUUGUUUUCGUCCGUAACAAGACGCCUAUACAGAUCAUCCGAAUGAUCACUCAUACGAUGGUCGACAGUGUAUAUAGGUUUGGGAGACUAGUUUACGUAUAAAGUCCCGUGCCUAUUCAUCGCAAAGAUGAACGCUGAUGAGGGAGAGAAACGACUAAAAAUGCCGAUGGUGGAGCAGCCAUCCCACCUCGUACUGAUAAUUCUGCAGCCGGAUACUUGUUGUUUUAUUUAAUGCUAUACAGUGUUAUACAGACUACAGAUAUUUACAACAAUAUUAUAUUCUUACAGAGGAUUAUAUUUACUUUAUUAUUGCAACGCAAUGUGCAAUGACAUAGCUCGUACAUGAUAUAUUUUUCACAUGCAUACAUUGCAAUAUACAGCCAAUUGACAGCUCAACAGAGUAAUAAUAUUUAUUAUUAACAGUUAUCAACAAACCGUGAUCGCAAUAAUGCAGCAGAUUGAAUUUAACGAUAUAUAAUAAGAAGGCAGUGUCUCUGCUGGUUUCCUGUCUCUCAGCAUGCCUAUAACAGGAUUUGUUUUCCGAGUACUCUGCCUUUCUCAAUGCAUUUACGAGGAUAGCAUAAGAAUCAUUUCGCUGCUUCUAUGGGGAGAUUUGUAGAUUUUGCGUUUUAAACGCGAAAUUUAAACGACACAUUUAUUUUAUAAUUAUUUGUAUUGUACAAUUACUAUAUAUAACUUAGAAUUUAGAAAUUAUUACGUAAUUUAUAUAUUGUUACAUUUAAAUGGUAUUCGACUAUAAAUUUAGCUUUUAAUUUGUGAAUGUUUCGGGUCCUAUACUUACUUGUGGUCUUUAUUAUGUUCGAUUGCCUUUUUGGAAAAUUUUCUGGAAAUGUAUCUUAGCUGAGUUUAAGAACGUAGUGGAAUCUUUCUAAUAUACAUUAAUUGUAUUCGCACAAUACAUUCGAUCUUUUUUCGUCGUUCGUGUGAGAUUUCAGUGAUAAUUAGUUCCUAUCGUAGAGCUCGCUUUAUUAUCUUUGAACGUUACUUUUUAAUUUCCUAUAUAAAAGAGUAAACCAGCACAGAUAUCUGCCGCACAAUUCCAUAGCCAUAGUACCACACAGUACAACUCAGGAUCUUUUAUAUUAUAUUUUACAGAUGACAAUAGUUCCAUAAGUACGAUUUAUAAUAGCGAUUCUAGGAAAUGGGGGGGGGGGCACAGGGUAUGUUCCCUAGAAUCGUAACUUUUUAAGUCGUACCAUUCAUAUGACAGGCUCCUUACCUCACAUACAAUCAAAUUACUAAACAGAUGCAGCUAUAUAUUAUUAUAAUAUAUUUACAUACAACAAUUUACAAUAGUACUGGGAAGUUGCAACGACUGCGACUAAACACAGAUUGCCGAUAUUAUACAAACGGUUUUUAUUAUCUGUUAUUACAUUGGUAAGUGAUUGCAAUGUUUUUUUACGAGUUAAAUGUACUACGAAUGUACAUUCGAGAUUUUCGUUUACGAUAUGAAUGGAUGCCCAGCAUAACUAACAAUUAGUACCGAAAUAAGAUUAGAUUAUAAAUGUUGCAUAUCAUAUUAUAAUAUUGUUAUACAUUUGCCAAGCAGUGUUACAUUCAUCAACUCUCAGGCCUUGGAUCACACACGGAUUUCAUUUCGCUCCCCGCCGACAGAGAUUAAUGUCUCUUGUAUAACGCACUUUUCUUUUCAUACGUAUGAUACCGCAUAUGUAUAUACUCAGUUUUAAAGAUCCAGCUAUUUGGGUUCUGUAGUAGCACGGUGUCUCAUGCGACGAGGAACGUGCGCGCACACACGUUUCUCCCACACUAUUCCAUGCUUUUUUUAUUUCUCAUAUUAUUCAUUCGUAGUAGAAUAGAGACGACACACACGCGCACACACGUACGAUUAUCGAUAUUAUUUGGAAGAGUCGCCGGCACUUCCGGCACUUGCUACACAUCAUUUUCGUAUCUACUCGAUCCUUCGCCUGAGAUCCAUAUACUAUGUAUAUCAGAGUGAUGUGUUACAGAAUGUCACAUAAUAGUAAGCAUCAUUUGACAGACCGGACUUCGCUGGGCAUUAAAAACCGGUUACCUAGCUAAUAUCACAAUACAAUUUCACACACUCACUGUUAUAAUUGCGAUUAUAUUGCGAACUCAGAUGGUGUGCGAACAUUCCGUAAUCCGCGUCACGGAGACAGUAGAUAACAGAACAAAGCAAAAGGAAACAAAGCAAAACAUAACGAGAAGAAAACAAAACGCACGGAGGGAAACGAGGGGCAAAAAUGACAAAUUCCGACGAUCGAUAACAUGCACACACCUUACAAGCCGAUAGGAAAUGCAAAACUCGCGAAGAACCCCGCAUAGUAUUUUUGGGUCUAACACAAUACAGUUUUACCGUAUAUUAAAUGAGAAGGGAUACCGACGGCACGCAUCUCACGCCGUCGAACCGUAUCUCUUUGUGAUGAAAUACGAGAACAGAGUACUUGCCACUUUUCCAAGAAAAAAAAAUAAAAAAAAGUAACUCGAUGAGUAGGUACAGAAAGCUCACUGGGGAAGUAUCUUUUGUCUGCGAUAAUAAGUUUUAACUUUGUCCUACUGCGGUUUUUAGCACAUUUGUAUCAUGCGUUGUUACGACUAUUAUUAUUGCUAUUACGAUAACUAUUCUACCGCUCUAUUAUUACUAUCAUCGAUACUAUUACUAUUAACUACUACUACUACUACUACUACUACUCCCCUAAUACGAUUACUAUCAUUACCGUCUCGUCGUUAAUUUAAAACUUUGGACGCGUCUGUAUACGUCUGUUGUCCCGAGGAGAAUGCUUUAUGUUCGAAGGGAUCGAGAGACGCGGUAGUGUCUCGCGCCUUAUAGCACAUACCCGUGACGGACGCUAUCGCGUGUCCUUUCCGGGGCGAGGAUCGUACGCCUGAGAAAGAAAUUUCGGUUCCCAGCAUCGCGCGUCCCGGCGCGCCUUGCUCCUGCACGAUCGUAAGAAACCAAUAUCUCUUAGCGCAUUUAAUUAUGUGUUGUAUAUAUGUACAUUAUUAUGCAAUUUGUAUGCGCGUCAGAAAAAAAGGAAGGUAAAACUCGUGUAUUCGAUCGCUAGUUAUUACUAAUAGACGUAGCUGUAGGCGAGUAUUACUUUGAUUCAAGGUAACAUAUGAUACGGUUUCUCUUUUGAACGACGGAUAUCCGCACACGUGCACACUCGCAUUGCGCGAAGCAGAGCUUCGCAGUUCCGACUUUUGAUUUUCAUUAUUAUUCACUAAUCGGUGAUUCCGAGCCGCGAAAAAAAUUGUAUCUAGUCAUUGAAAACGAUGUCUUUGUGAAUUUUUACUCGAUUUUACGGAUGUGAUGUGCAUUCAACGUACUGUUAUUCCAAUUGGUCGGGAGCAAAACGCGCGUCGUCAGUAUUAAUUUUAGAAUUUAGUGACUGUAAUUGUGCGGAGAUUACAGUAUCAAGGCAUCUGUUCUACUUUUUUUGUUUUUUUUUUGCAAAAGUAUUAUUUUUUUAUCGAAAAUAUUUUUAUAAUGUACCGUUGCU